UUCUCAACUGUCUGUGUCUCUCUCAAUCUUAAGCAAAAAAGAAAAAAGAAAAUUGUCCAAUAUGGCUUCAAGUCCCUCCGUUGUCUUGUCCUCUCCUCCUCCUACAUCAAAGGAUGGUUCCCGUUUUAUUGACUCAAAUUACCUGCAAAAACAAUCCCAUGUGCCCGCUAAUUUCAAAUGGCCUGAGGAGGACGCGGCUUCUGCUCAAGAAGAGCUGAAUGCGCCAGUAGUGGAUCUUGAGGGCUUCUUCAAUGGUGAUGUUGUGGCAACUGAGAAUGCUGCCAAGCUCAUUAGGUCUUCUUGCUUGAGGCACGGCUUUUUCCAAGUGACCAACCAUAGGGUUGAUGCAGAUCUCAUCCAACUCGCUUAUGAUCAUGUGGAUGAUUUCUUUAAUCUUCCCAUCGAGGAGAAAAUAAAGGUACAAAGGCGUCCUGGUAGCCCUUAUGGCUAUUCGGGUGCCCAUAUGGAUCGAUUUUCGUCCAAUUUGCCAUGGAAGGAAACCUUUUCUUUUGCUUUCCAGGACGGUCCAGACAAAAUUGUGGCCGAUUACUUCAAAUUCACCAUAAGCAAAGAUUUCGAACAAACAGGGUUGGUGUAUCAAAAGUAUAGUGAAGCAAUGCACUCUUUGUCUCUUUCAAUUAUGGAACUCCUGGCAAUCGGGUUGGGAGUGGAUCGGAUGCUCUACAGAGAGUUCUUUGAAGAUGCUGUGUCUAUCAUGAGAACCAACUUAUAUCCGACUUGCCAAGAGCCAAAUCUUUCUCUUGGAACUGGACCUCAUUGUGAUCCUAAUGCCCUCACCAUUCUUCACCAAGACCUGGUUGGAGGGCUUGAUGUGUUUGUCGACAACAAAUGGCACAAGGUUCGGCCUGUUCUUGGUGCCCUAGUCAUCAACAUUGGCGAUGUCUUUGCGGCAUUAUCGAAUGGCAUAUACCGGAGUUGCUUGCACAGGGCUGCUGUGAACAGCCACAAGGAGAGGAGGUCUUUGGUCUUCUUUAUGUGUCCUAGAGCUGACAAGGUGGUGAAGCCCGCAGAGGAACUUGUGUGCAAAAGUGAGGGAGGCACAAGAAAGUUUCCGGAUUUCACAUGGUCAGAUUUGCUUGAAUUCACUCAAAACCAUUACAGGGUUAACGAAACUACUCUCGAAAACUUCACCGACUGGUUCCUUUCUGCUGAUCGUUCCAAUUUCAAACCGACUCAUUUUAAAACGUCCCAUUGAUAAUUUACAUCGGUCUAUGAAGAUUGAAGAGCUCUUGCUAGCUAGCAUGGAGAUGUCAUGGAGUGCACCAAGAAAAAGUUUUUAAUUUCUAUUUUCUAAUCUAUUUCGGUCCUUGUUGGCAUGACCCACAUUAACAAAAUCCUAGAAGUUAAAACUUCUAAAAAGGAAAAAAAAAAUGUUAUUUUUUCUGUUGUUGGAGUGUUACUCUUUAAUAAAGCUAGCUAUUUAU